AUGUUGGGGAAUGACGUGCUUCUUCGGUUCCAAUCGUUUUCCCUGCUCCGCCGGCAUGCGGACACUGGCCAGCUACUUGUUGCUCGACAGUCGUCAGUAAACAAAGCGGGAACAGCGCUGUACCUACGGGCUGACGCCCAUUUCAGUCAAGACCGACGGCACAACGUUAAAUGGAGGAGAACCUCGCGGCCAGGCCUCAGGCGAUGCUGUGGAGGCAGUUGUGUGCGAGAGACGCGGACACAUGUGUACAUGUUCACAUUUUUGACCCAGCGAACUGGAUACCGAGGUCCGAGGAUCUACGGGUCACCUGCCAUCGUCAAGGUAGCAUCGACGCCUGACAGACUCCCGGACAAUGUUUUUCCGCCCAGGCGCAAUACUGAUUGGGUGUAUGAAUAUUUAUUUAUCCUAUUGCCAGCCGACACAAGUUUGUGCUACAUCCGGCCAGGUUUGGGCCAGCACAAAGUUACGCCAUCCGGCUCGUGGGCCGCACAAUUUGUUUACGUCCCCAUAAGUGCCUGGCAUCGUGUGAACCCGGGAGCCGAGGUGAAAAAGAUUACGGGCCUUCGUCUGAAAUGGCAGCCACAUCAAACUGCCAGGCUCGCACAAUGUCCAGUUGCCGGUCGGUCGUGUCACGAUAGGCAAAGAGUGACCGAGAGAGUCGGUCAUUGUGGAGAGAUGACACAAACCGCGGCAAAAUGGUCAAAUCUUGUGAGCCGUGAUGAUACUGACCUUUGCGUCGUAUUGUAUCACUCCCACUUUUAUCGAAUUGCUGACAUUCUUGGUCAAGAAACAUUUUAG